UGGUGAAGCGCUUUAUCCCACAUCCAACAGUCUUCUGCAUGGAUCCCACGUGCCGUCCAAGGAAGGGGUUGACAGAAUGGUUGCGGAUCUCGAAAAGCAAAUUGAAAAGCGUGAAAAGUACAGUCGACGGCGUCCCUACAACGACGAUGCAGACAUCGACUACAUUAACGAGCGCAACGCCAAGUUCAAUAAGAAGGCAGAGAGGUUCUACGGGAAGUACACAGCUGAGAUUAAACAGAACUUGGAGAGAGGAACAGCUGUCUGA